AUGCAAUUACAAGUGCAUGAUACAAUAACUAAUGUUACAACGAGCGCUCAUAGUACAUACACAUUCGAAUUCCUCCAACUCAUACCCGGCGUAUCUAUGAGCGAACCGGUCUCUCCUGACCGUCCGUUCGACGCGAACCUGAACUCCAACAUCAUCCGGAAACGUAACUUGGUGGUGGUUAGGCGCGUUCGGGUCGACCUGGACGGUGGAUCGUGUGAAGUCGAAAGGCACGCCAUGUUUACUGUCCAGGCGCGAUCUGACGACUCGGCUGACCUCGCGCGCAGUGCCUACAUUUUGGCUGAUGGUGACGGCCUCGUUGUAACUACCCUCAUCCCUUUCCCGAGAUGCAUCUGGUAG